UUACGUUCUAAUCUACCUCGUAUUGCGACGGUGUUAGUAUAUUCUUCACAGCAUCUUCCUCGUUGCAUUCUCCUGCUUCCGUUCCACCACUGUACACAUCCCCGGUCCGGUCCUCGCUCCGCCGCAGACGGCGGCGCCGAUCACGUUUCAGUUAACUCCGUCUAAGUUAGAAUUUCAUCACCGGAGUCAAAUUACAGUUUACUCUACCCUUAGGAAAAGACGUCAACCCUCGACCCCAUAAAGGACAGAACCCCUCCAUUAAUUUAUUCCUUCGAAAUCGAGUUCGAGGCUGCAAUGGCGUCGUCAUUUAGCUACUGUCAGAGAGCUUUCGAUUGAUUCGACUCUGACUUCCUAUUCCUUCGUUUUCGCCUAAUUUCGAUUUUAGUGAACUCCGAAUCUCUUCACUACUGUCCUUCAAUGGCUUCCUUCAUCGAUUGCAACGGUGCCACCGCCACCGCCGCUGCCCUAAUUCCCAAAUCGAAAGCUAAAUCUCAACCCCAGCCAAUCACCCAAUCGGAAAUCCUCGCGGAGUUCGCCCACCACGACCCCACGGUCGCCCGCAUAAACAACGGCAGUUUCGGGAGCUGCCCGGCCUCCAUCAUCGCCGCCCAGCAGCGCCACCAGCUCCUCUUCCUCCGGCAGCCGGAUUAUUUCUAUUUCAACACCCUCAAACCCUCGAUUUUGAAGACGCGCCGCCUGAUUCAGAGCCUAAUCAACGCCGACCACAUCGAGGAGGUUUCAAUCGUGGACAACGCCACAACCGCCGCCGCCGUUGUUCUCCAGCACACGACGUGGUCCUUCUUCUCCGCCGAUUUCCACCCCGGCGACGCCGUCAUCCUGCUUCACUACGCCUACGGCGCCGUGAAGAAGUCCGUGCAGGCCUACGUUUCCCGCGCCGGCGGCCACAUCAUCGAGGUCCAUCUCCCUUUCCCUCUAACCUCUAAUUCCGAAGUAAUUUCCGAAUUCCGAAAGGCGCUUGAAUUGGGGAAAUCCAAUGGUAGAAAAAUUAGGUUAGCUGUAAUCGAUCACAUUACCUCCAUGCCUUGUGUAGUCAUACCUGUGAAGGAAUUAGUCACAAUGUGCCGAGACGAAGGCGUCGACAGGAUCUUCGUCGACGGCGCCCACGCCAUCGGCAAUGUGGCCAUCGACGUGAAGAACAUUGGCGCCGACUUCUACACAAGCAAUCUGCACAAAUGGCUCUUCUGCCCGCCGUCCGCAGCCUUCCUCUACUGCAAAUCCGAUAGCUUAUCGGAACUGCACCAUCCGGUGGUGUCGCACGAGUACGGCAAUGGCUUAGCAAUGGAGAGCUCGUGGACAGGGACAAGAGAUUACAGUGCGCAGCUAGUGUUGCCUGAGGUGAUGGAAUUCAUUGCUCGAUUCGAAGGUGGAAUUGAGGGGAUAAUGCUGAAGAAUCACGGGGCUGUUGUCGAAAUGGCGGAAAUGUUAGUGAAGGCGUGGGGGACGGAGUUGGGGGCGCCGCCGGAGAUGUGCGCGAGCAUGGCUAUGGUUGGAUUGCCGACGUGUUUGGGAAUUAACAGCGAUGAGGAUGCAUUGAAGCUAAGGGCGCAUUUGCGCGAAUGUUUUAAGGUUGAGGUGCCGAUUUAUUACAAGGCGCCGGUGGGAGGUGAGAUUGAACGGAUAACAGCUUAUGCAAGAAUUUCUCAUCAGGUUUACAACGUGGUCGAGGAUUACUAUAGGUUUCGGGAUGCUGUUAACAAGUUAGUCGAGGAUGGAUUUACUUGCGCUUGCCUCGGCUGAAUGGAGAGAUGCAGAUGCCUUAUGGUGCAUAACAGGUCGACACGACAGCAUUGGGUGCUUAUUACAGUGUCUGUGUCAGUGUAGAUAUGAAUUGAUGAUCAACUAGAGGUUGAUUGCAUUCUGUCGCCAUGAUCAACUCAAGGAUGGUUCUCUUCUUUUCUCCUAAUAAAGUGAAUGACGACUAUGUAAUUGAUUAUGACUUUAUUUUUAUUUUUGUUCGUGCCAAUGAUAUGGGAUAUGCGUGGUCAUUUUAGGAUCU